AUGGCAAAACCACUAUAUAUAGCGCUAUUGGUACUAGCAACAGGUGUAGGCUGCCUAGAGUUUGAACCGUAUGAUAAAAGCAAGCUACAUCCGAGCUCGAUUUUCGAACAAUUCAGCUACACGUCGCUCGCAGAGUCGCCGUGGAGACAGUCCAAGGCCAAAAAAUACGACGAAGGAAGAGACGAGAUAGUCGCAUAUACGGGUGAAUGGUCAAUUGCAGAACCUUACUUGUACCCGGGUCUUGACAACGACUUUGGACUCGUGAUGGGGUCGAGGGCAGCAUAUCAUUCCAUCGCGUAUAAACUACCGCACUCGAUAGACAACCAGAACGGGAAAGAUCUCGUUAUUCAGUACGAGGUCAAGGUGCAAAAUGGAUGGACGUGCAGCGGAGCGUAUAUAAAGCUUCUCAACCAAGCGCCAAACUACUCGUUCUUCAAUUGCGACACCGCAUACCAAAUUCAGUUUGGACCAGAUCAUUGUGGUAGCGACAACAGGGUUCAUCUUGUCCUUAGCAAACAGUUGCAAAACGGCACAGUGGAAGACAAGGUGUUGCAAACUCCUCCCUUGGCGAGGAUAAACGAGUUGACCAACUUGUACACCUUGAUAUUGAGGCCAGCCCGAGAACAGCAACAGCAACAGCCACAGUUUGAGAUUAGAAUCAAUGGUGAAACCGUCAUCACCGGUGACUUGGUCGAGGGGGUUGGAGAAGACUUGUUUCAGCCACCAAUCUUUCCUCCCAAAUGGAUUGUGGAUCCCAGCGACAAGAAGCCAGCUAGUUGGGAUGAUCGGAUACUGAUACCUGACCCCAAUGUCAAGCCACCUCCCGGGUAUGAAGAGAAACAUGCUCAUCCACAAAUACCCGAUCCCGACGCUGUCAAACCCAAAGAAUGGAUGGAAGAUGAGCCCAGGUAUAUACCUGAUCCCAAUGCCGUGCCUCCCGUGGUGGGUGCAAAUGGAAAAAGCCAGGAGUGGAGCCCUCCUCUAGUUGUUAAUCCUAAAUGUAGCUCGGGCUGUGGCAAGUGGUCGCCACCAAUGAUCAUCAAUAAGGAGUACAAGGGGCCUUGGUUUGCUCCAGAGAUAGAUAACCCCAACUAUCAAGGAAUCUGGCAACCACGAAAGAUACCAAAUCCAGAUUAUUAUCAAGUAGUUGACCCCGUAUUAUUGGAUAAACCUAUAGGAGGCAUUGGGUUCGAGUUAUGGACCAUGGAUGGAGAUGUAUUGUUUGACAACGUCUACUUGGGAAACUAUGUUGAAGAAGCCGAAGACAUUGGAAACAAGACAUUCAAGAUUAAAUCCAAAUUAGAAUACAGCAAUAAAUUACAAAAUGCACCCAAGAUUCAAAAUGAACCAACCUUACCUCCUCGCAAUUUCGAUGAGAUAAUAAGAGACGAUUCCAUAGGAAACAUGAAGCAAUUUGUCGUCUUUUUACGUUUGCUUUGCUGGAAGCAGUAUAUGGACUUCAAGGAUUUUGUCUACGAGGCACUACUCGACCCCGUCAGGAUGGCUGUCAAGCAUCCCCUCAAGACACUGAUAUAUGUUUCCAUCAUCUUGUUUUCAAUCACCAUCACCUGUGGCGUAGGAAGCGUGCUUCUUUUCCUUCUCCAGAGCGGUGGUCUCCUGUCCAAGACCUUGGAAGAGGAAUACGAGGAGGAAAACGGCACACAGGCGCGGAGAUCCGAUGAUGGCGAUGACAUUGUGAUUAUGAAUCGGAACUUUGCCAAUGGCGACGUGGAGACCUUGGAGGAGACUUUGCAACAAGGUUUGAGACUGAGGAAAGCUGCGAAAAAUGUGGGUACACAGAACAAGGGCGGGGAUGAAGAAGAAGAGGAGGACGAGGACGAGGGUAUAGUUAUAUAA